UGUGUGCUGUGGCGUGAGUUUGGGAGGGUUCUACUGUGGGUUUGCCAUCUUACAUCUUAACUGAGUGUGGAAAUUGAGUUUGAACUUUUUCCUCCCGAUUCGGGUGGUUGUGGUGUGAAUAUCUGAUCAACUGGUUCGCAUUUCUUUGGUUCGUCUGUGGGGUCUUUGUUGAUAUGGCAGGAGUGCAGUCACUAGCCAGAAAAUGAAAGCCACUUCCGACUAGCCAAUUGAGUUUAGGUGUCUUCUACGCCGAUUCUAUGUGUAUCGUGGAAAGAAUCUUUAAGGAAGUCCAAAUGGUCUUGAAGUUGAACGGAAAGGAUGAGGUGAACUAUGGGGCUUGAUUAAACUUUCAUGAAGACAAUUUAGUGCGACCUUGCUUCAGAAAUACGAAAAUGGGGUGUCAAGGUUGGAUAUGGGUGGUCGUCGCCUUAGUGUUAUCCAGCAGCGUGAUGACGACUGCUAAAUUUAAUCCUCAUGUGUCUCCUCUGCUUAAUGCGGAAUGGAAAAAUAUGAAUGAUAUUGGAAAAUUAUUGGCGCAGGCUGUUCAUCUUCCCUUGCAUUCACAGAAAAUGCUGCUAAAAGAGAUUGGAAGUAUUUACGCAAAAACGGGUGAAGGACGCUGUAAUAUCUUUGGAGGUCCGGCAUCUUGUGAACCUAUCCCCAAAGAUACUGAAUACGCAAGAAAUUGUGCUGACGCCAAUGAGAAUGUAGAUUGUGCAUUCAAAAUGACAGCCUUUGAACACAUUUCAAGAGAUCCUAAAGAGCACUUUCAAAAGAAGGUUGAAGGAGAAGGUUUGACUGCUUGUCCUGAAUGCUACAAGAACAUGCAUCAUUUUUGGUGUGGUCAAGUUGUACCAGCGUGUGGCACGUUCGACAAGGUCAUUGAUGAGAUUCUGCCCAUGUUGACAUCUGUUGCUGAGAAGAAGGAGAAACCGUCGGUUGCACUUCAACAGGCAGUGCCUCGCAUUUUGCAAUCUGCCAGCUUGGGUCUUCCUUGCAAGCAAAUGUGUAACGCUAUCACGACUACAUGUGGAUGUGGCCAAGCAGCUACAUUUGGUGAAGUGAUGGAGUCGAUUCAAAGCAGUAAACAUCAGGAUUUAUACAGUACAAACAUGUCCCUGUCAACAGCCAAAGAUAUCUUUCAGAGGGUUUGGAAUAAGCCUGUCUGCGAACUGUUUUCAGAUAAAGAUACUCCUGGUUUUUCCGGUGUAUGUGAAGUACCAGCGUCCUUGAAUCAGUGCUCCUGGUGCGAAGGCAAAGCUGCACGACCCCAGUUUGUUCAUCAGCAAAUCGUCGCCCAAUCGGCUCAAAGUAUCUCCGGUCUGAUGCAAGGUGGCUUGGAGGAGAUUCUGCUUGCUAUAGGUGGUGAGAAGGUGAAGAGUACUCCCAUUUGGAGCUGGACACAUGGCGACGAUGGUCCCCAAAAAAGUCGAGGUCACUCUGGCCCGUGGGUAGUUCUUAUAUUUCUCAUCUUCAUUGCUGCCGGUGCUUUUAUUGCAGCUGUGAGGAUUCAGCGCAACCGGCAGAAUCCAUCCCAGUAUGUGGACCUCAAUAGCAUGGGCUACACUCCACCAAUUUUGUGAAACUGCGUUGGAUGGGUUCAUUUAGUUUUGUUGUGCGUUCUAGCUCAUUUGUAGCAACCACUCUUGUUUCAGAUUGGCUGUCGGAUUUAUCCAGUUUUCCCCUGUUUUGUUCUGAAAGAUUACUUUGUUUUUGAGGGUGUUAAACAGGAUCAGGAAAAUAUACAUGCAUAGUCUAGGUAUGUUCUGUAACUAUCCAGUUUUUAUAUAUCAAACAAAAACGCUGAUUGUACUUAAGUUGUUGACUCCAUCAAAAAAUUUGGUUCAGCUGUUCUUUUUAUUUUC